GCCAUUUUGUCCGUUCCGGAGGCUGCGGCGAUGGCGAAGGACGCAGAGCGGGCCGCGUAUAACUUGCCGCAGGUCGACGCUCCAGAGCCCGACCGCCCGGUGCCCCCUUCCGGCCCGAACGUCCUCAUCGAGAAGCUCUUUUACUACGCGGUGGACAGACCGGUCACGCUGUAUAGAGAGUGGAUUGAGCGCCAGCGUGCAAGGAACAAGAUUUAUUACUAUCACCGGGUGUUCCGCCGUGUGCCGGACAUUACAGAAUGCUUAGAGGAUGACUACCUGUGCAUCUACGAAGCAGAGAUGCAGUGGAGAAGAGAUUUGCAAGUUGACCAGGAAAUUGUGAAAAUAAUGCGGGAGAGGUUAGGCGCUUGCAGAGUCCGGGAAGGUGUGAAUGCUGAUGAGAAUUGUGCAAAGGAUCUACAACAAUUCAAAGAAGUGGCCAAAGCUUACAGGGACCGAUAUGAUGAGCUGGGUGCUUACGGAACUGCUCGCAGGUGCUUGAUGAAGCAGAAGCAUCGUAUGAUUGCAGAAAGGAAAGCCCAAGCAGAGGCGUAGCCAAAGAAGGAACAAGCUGCUUAUUGAC